AGAGACACUGUGGGAUCCCAUCAUUCCAAGAGCAGUUCUCCCCACGAGCUGAAGUUCCUUGGGAAGCAGAUAGCGCUCCAGCAUCAUGAGCCUUUACCACAGCCGAGUGCUUGGAGUGCCACCCUCGGCGCUCAAUUACCCCAAUUCGUCCCUGAUUUACUUGUAUGGAGGCGACGGCGGUACCAUUCUUCCCGCUUUGGGCUUCCUCCCAACUCGGCAGGAAUCUCUGCAAAAACCUCCGUACAGCUACAUUGCACUUAUCGCUAUGGCCAUCAAGAGCGCACCAGACAAGCGCGCAACGCUGAGCAGCAUUUACCAGUUCAUAAUGGACGGCUUCCCCUAUUACCAUGACAACAAGCAGGGCUGGCAGAACUCAAUACGCCACAACCUCUCUCUAAACGACUGUUUCAUCAAGGUACCGAGAGAAAAGGGCCGUACCGGGAAAGGCAGCUACUGGACUUUGGACACCAAAUGUCUAGACAUGUUCGAGAACGGGAACUAUAGACGGAGGAAGAGAAAACUAAAGGGCCAAGAGACUGCAGAGUACAAAACUACUUACAAGAGGAAAAGAGGUCCAGUCUCCACGAACCCGUCAGGACAGGAUAGGAGGCCCAUUCAUAACGUUCCAGCUGAUGCUCACCCGAGGAUGGGUAGGCCUAUGUCAGCUGGAGAUUGGGCUGUGGUGGGCACGGAGGUGGAACAACAACAUAGACAUUUUGAGCAACGUAGUUCAGAUUUAAAACAUGUUCUUGGUGAGUUCAACAAUGUUGGGAUGCAGCAAAGUGCGUCUGUCCAUGGCCAAAAAUGUAAUGUGCAGAAUCAAAUCCAAACUGAAUCCAUGCAGGACAUGUAUGGCACACAAUCAACUGACUCGCUACACGGUCCAAGGUGCAUACCCGUUCAGGAGCACAGGGUCUGUUUGGACACAGCGCAUCUGUCAGGGGCGUCUUCCCUCCUUGCGAGUGAAGCAGACAACAGUAGACUAGCCUUUGAUGGGAGGGAGAAUGGGCCUCCUAUCCUGUCCGGUUGCACGGAGAACUUGAACUCAUCUAUGCUGUGUAGAACAAUGGAAAUUAUACCCACUGUCCCUAGCAGAGCAACGGACAAAUCCAAAGGUUUUAGCAUAGACAGUAUCCUAUCAAAAAAGGGAAACCAAAUGCACAAAAGCAGCGUUGGUGUAACAACAGAGGCAGGCUUGUACCCCCAAAGUCACCAAUUCAAGCUGAUGGGAUUCCCGCUUUGCCGUUACUUAUCGCUCACGUGCCCUGAGAAAGUUCUACAUUUUAAAUAGGCAGAAUGAUAUGCUAAAAAAAUAGGGAAUAUCUGAAUAAUAAUAUAAUGGGAACAUCUCAAAAAUAAACAAUAUAUAUUGCAAGAUAUUACGCGCGAGUGUCACCAUUUUGAUACAGUGGGGAGAAUAAAAAAUGUGAUUAAAAAAUGAUUGCGAUUACUGUUAUUAUAGGCUAACUUCUCUUCCGAUGUGCAGCUGCGUCAUAAAAUACCAUUGCAGUUCCUCUUUCAGUUGAUUUAUCGUCAUGAGAGAACAGUUAAUAAACGCCCAAGAGUGUACGGAUGUUGUUUUAGUAAAUGUAAAUGUUUAGGAAAACUAUGGUUUAUAUGUAGGAGCUCUGAGCUUGUCAUCUGAGUGCCUGCCAUUUGACUGUUGUGUGUGUUAUAUUCUGUGCUGCUUCUCAGAUGUUGAAUUUAGAUGUUAAAGUGGAAAUAGUUUUUAUAGAAGGUAGCUGAAAAAAACUUCUGUAAAAUGUUUUUUUUCCCAUCUUGAAUGUAAAAUAAAAGUGUAAUAAA